UGAGAGCUGUCACAGAAAGUUAGCGCUAGCUGGAUAAUGAAGAGCUCCAGCUGACUGACAGUGUCCCUAAAGAUAUCUGUGGUUCUUUUAAUACGUUUUCUGUGUGCUGGUUGACUAGAACAGUGUUGUGAACAGGGCGCUAUCAGCUGGAUGUUACGUUUGCUGACUACUGACAAGACACUGGACAACUAUGACCAUUAAAAAAAAAUCUUUUUUAAGACUGUGUGUUCACUGAACUUAUAGCACUAUAGAGGGUCUGCUAAUAAGUGCGCAUUUCAUAAAUUUGUGAAGCUGUACGUGACUAACACUGCGUGAUGAAGCAAUCCAAACCGUGUGCGUGGCACAGUCACUAGAAUUGGCAAGCAUUCAGUUUGUGAUGCAGAAAAUCCAUGAAAAGGUUUUAGAUAAGUUUUACACUGCUGGAAAUGCAGCGAAUGGGACACAAGGGUAUUAUGGCCAAAAAGCUUGAUGAUGUCCCGCUGGUACAGGGUCCGACCUUCGGUGAACGUAAUUUUCAUCACUUUUCUGAGAUGAAUCUAGACAGGAUCUACAUGGAUUACAAUGCUACUACCCCUCCAGAACCAGAGGUGAUUCAGGCCAUUUCUGAAGCCCUCCAGGAUGCCUGGGGAAACCCAAGUAGCAACUAUAUAGCAGGUGCUAAAGCUAAGGCUAUCAUCAAUCAGUCCAGAGAAAAUGUGGCAAGAAUGGUUGGAGGGAAAGCAGAGGACAUCAUUUUUACCUCAGGCGGAACUGAGGCCAAUAACCUGGUGUUGCACACCGCUGUAGAGCACUUCAGGAAGCACUGCAGGGCUGCAGAACAAGGUGCAGGACACCAGAAUGGAUGCACGGGCCUUCCUCACAUUAUUACUUCUAAUGUGGAGCAUGACUCAGUCAAACUAGUUGCUCAGCACCUUGAAAAGGAAGGAAAAGCAGACGUGACUUUUGUGCCCGUCUCUAAGGUGACAGCCCGGGUCGAGGUGGAGGAUAUCAUUGCCGCUGUGCGCCCCAACACUUGUCUCAUCUCUGUUAUGCUGGCCAACAAUGAGACGGGAGUCAUUAUGCCGCUUCAGGAGAUCUGCCAAAGAAUAAAGUCUCUGAACAAACAGCGUGAGCGCCUCAGGAUCCUGCUCCACACAGAUGCUGCUCAGGCCUUGGGGAAAAUCCGAGUUGAUGUCAGUGAUCUGGGAGUGGAUUACCUCACCAUAGUGGGACACAAGUUCUAUGCCCCUCGCAUUGGUGCUUUGUACGUGAACGGCCCUGGGACCAAAACUCCAUUGUAUCCGAUGCUUUUUGGUGGAGGACAGGAGAGGAACUUUAGACCAGGCACAGAAAACACACCGAUGAUUGCCGGUCUUGGAAAGGCUGCAGAGCUGGUGACCUCUAAUCUGUCAGAUUAUGAGAGUCAUAUGCAAAGAAUUAAACUUUACUUAGAAGAACGACUGCAGGCCGUGUUUGCAGGCCGGAUCCGCUUCAACAGCCAUUUCCUCGGCUCUGAUAUCCUCCCUAACACAUGUAACGUGUCCAUCCUGGGCCCAAGAUUACAAGGCUGGAGAGUAUUGUCAAACUGCAGGAGGCUGCUAGCCAGCGUCGGCGCCGCCUGCCACUCAGACAGUGGAAACAGACCUUCCCACAUCCUUCUGAGCUGUGGCGUCCCCUCAGAGGUGGCAGCUAACGCUAUGAGGCUGAGCGUUGGCAGGGAGACGACUGAAGCAGAUGUGGAUGCAGUUGUGGAGGACCUGAGGGAAACCGUGCAACUGUUGGAAGAAAUGAACUGAUGGCUUUCAUUUGCACAAAGUUAUUCUGCAGGUCAAAUAAGAAUGCACAGAGCUAAACAUGCGCCAUCUGUGUUUAUCGACACUUUAACCGAUCAUGUAAAAUGCAUGAAAUAUUUCAUAUAAAUAAUAAAAAUGGAAAACUCAAAGUGACCUUAGGGGUGAUGUUAUGUAGGAGUGUACUCGGCUCCCAUCACGUCAUGUGAGGAGCGCUUCAGCUAAUUGGAGUUGGGGAACAUGUAUGAGUGUUAUGAAAUAAAAUAUUUACAUGCACUUUUAA